AUGCUAGUGAGCUUGUCUGAUGGAGGAUGCCAGUUGAAUGAAACAACAUUCAAAUGUGAUGAUGUCGAUCCUAGAACUAUUAUUUAUGAGUAUAAUUCGAAGAACAUAGAUAACGUCAAAAUCAGCAAUAUUGCAAUCAACAAUUCGAGUAACUUCAUUUUGGAAAACUUUUUGGAAUCAUUAGAGAAAGAAACGAAAAUGAAAAUCAAGAAGUUGGAGGUGCGUGCUUGUGAUGUUGAAGAUAUAACAGUUGAAAUAUUCCAAGAUUUGAGCGAGUUAGAAGUCCUAGAUUUGAGUAAUAAUAAAAUAAACAAACUGGAUUUUCUUCAAACCUUACCGGAUACCAUGAAGGAAAUUUAUCUUGAGCACAAUGGAAUCGAAGAAGUUCCUGAUAGUUUUUCUAAUCUCAAAAACCUCCAGAUCAUCGAUCUGAGUUUCUGCAAAUUAGAAAGCUUAGAUUUCACAGUCUUCAAGAACAACCUCAAUUUGACUUUGUCACUGCCGGCUCUGGAAAUAAUAGAUCUUGGAAACAUGAAAAUAACUAGCAUACAACCUCAAGCCUUCAACAAUUUGCAAAAUCUUGGUGUUGUUUAUUUGAAUGCCAAUAAUUUGACUGAGCUGAAUCAGAAUGUAUUCGUCAAUGUGCCUAUCCUGAAAGAAAUUCGUUUGGAGGGAAACUGCUUGAAAAAUAUCGAAGUUUUGAACGGUUUGAAAUUCGAAACACUGAAAGUGAAAGUUUGUGAUAAUUCCCAGCUCGGUGGUUUCCACAAUCCGAGCCUGAAGUACCUGUAUAUCGUUGAAUCUGACCUCAAUAAUCUACAGGGUUUCAAUUCUAGAAAUUUGCUUGAGAUACAUUUCGUAGAUUCCCCAAUAACAGUUUUGCAACCAAAUACUCUAUCUGGAUUAUUCAGUGUGAGAUAUAUCAAUGGAAGGGAGUUGUUCAAAACCGUGGAAAUACUACCAAAGUAUCUGGCAACAGGUGACAGUUUUAAAGAUCUUUCGUUCCAGUUCUAUAGAGGAGAUACCACAAUUGGUAGAAUAGUAAAAGAAACAACUGAUGCUGUAUGGGAAGGUCUGAAACCAUUAUUUAUGCCAGUCCCUAAUGAAGAAAUAUGGAAACGCAAUGCUGAACGGUAUUACGAAUUGUGGAAUUCACUAAACUGCGUCGCCGCAAUUGACGGAAAACACAUCCGUAUAAAAAAAAUUGCCAAUAGUGGCUCAA